AUGCAAUUAACAGACAGCUGUUCCCUGACAGCACAGAACCUUACAGUGGAGGAAAUUAUUGAGGAAGUGACAGAACUGGAUGAGCAGGUACAGGAGGAUGAGGAUUUUGACUUGGAGUUUGAUGAUGUGAUCCGUAUGAUUGAUUCAACUCCAAGUGAUUUACCAGAUCUACCAAAUGAUUUAAAUGUUGAAGACAUGUUGAGUUCACUUCAAUUUCAGAUAAGAAAAUAUAUACUAGGGAAAAAAGCUGAGCUAUUUCCAGUUAGUGCCCGGAAGAUAACAGAUAUUGGAGGUUACUGUGUUGCAAAGCAUGAGGAGCCAAAGCCUGGAACUUCCAGUGGAUCUGUUGGCGGGGCAUCAUCCCGUAUCACAAAAAGAAAAGUACAGGACUUGAAUGACAGUUCAGAAGAGGACAUAAAUGUGUUGAGUGGAAACCGUCGGAUUUCUUUGUUAGUGAUGGCCAGCGGGAAUGACUUUAAUGAGUUGGCUAUAUCUCUCCAAAAUACUUCACAGUCUACAAAGCCUGAUAAUGAAUCAAAAGAUUCAUCUCAUAAAAUAAUGAACAAUGACGUUCUGAACCAAAUAACUGUUGAUAAACAAGAUUUUCCCAGAAGUUUGCCAUUAGAUAAAGAUAUUGCAAACAUAAAUGAGGAAUUCGGAGGUGCGAGGCCAAAACAAGGUCAUUUGCACAGUGAUCGACAUAUGACACUCAUCGGUAGUAGUCAAGGAAAACCAACAUUUGGGUAUGAGAACAGAGAAAAGCAGUAUUCAAUAUCUGAAAACAGAGAUCGCGAGGCAAGUAAAAUAGAACAAAACAAAGACACUCGUCGACAACCGAUAUACAGUAAAAGUACGACUUUGGCGUACGACAACCCUGAAUGGCGGCAUUCAGUAUCAGAAGAUAAAAGCAAUUUCUCAGACAAGCGGAGACCAAUUAAUGCCGACGUGACAGAACAACGAUCAUCUUUUAAAUCCUCAGAGUGUUCAAGAACGAUUGAAAACACAUUAGAUGUUGGUUUUGAUCCAGUUCCAGAUGCAGACGAAAAACGUAAAUCUGCUGAAAAUGAAGAAAAAGGUAGUUGUUCUCCAAAAGCAAACAUAAAUGGCAGUACAGGAACUUCCAAAAUGGAAAUAAGUAAAGGAGACACCCAAAAGGCAAAAUAUAAUGAUACAUGUGAAAAACCUAUUCGAAAACACGGAAAUACGAGAAAGAAACAUGACAAAAGAAAACAAACUCAUAUUUUUGUUGUGUUUUAUGAUAAAGUUUCAAAUGAGCGGGGAAUUCGAGAUGUUUUAUAUCAGCGGAUGGGUAGACCGAAAUGGUUGAACUUUGUGGUUGAAUGUGUGGAUGAAAUGGUAGGAGUCAGCGAAGGCUGCACUUUGGUAACAACGUCUUUUGCAAGUGCAAACACUGCCAAAAAAGCAGUAAAUCUUCUUCACUGUUCUAACAGAAGCUCGUCGAGCAAAGUUCGUGGAUUUUUUAGCAAAGAAAAAGCCAUCGGUGAGGAACUGACGAUAACUAACAAACGUGAGGCUGAAAUUCGAAAAGCUUUAGAAGAAUUAAUUGAAACAACAGAACAAGUUCUGGACAAACAUGAUGCGAAAAUUAAGCACACGGAAGAUGAAAUUGUGGAAAUAGAUAAUGACUUGCAUCGCCGAAAACAAAUUCCAAUCAAUCAAUUUGACAAUCUUUCAAGAAAGAAGUUGGCGGAGCUGCAAUCACAAAGAGAAGAGUUUUGUAAAUAUAUCAAAGCCAUGAAAACAAAAAUUGAAGAAAUUAAAGAUAAUGAUAGAUUCGUUAAUGAUUUGAAAGAAAUUCAAAAUGCUCUUGGGGUCGAGUGCCGGCGUUUAGAAGCAGCUCUACCGAUUUAUGCAAGAAGAGAAGACAUCCUUACAACUAUACGGAACAACCAGGUUUCUGUUAUCAUUGGCGACACUGGAUCGGGAAAAUCCACGCAGAUGGUCCAGUACCUGUACCAAGCAGGAUUUGGAGACAAAGGCCUUAUUGCCUGCACUCAGCCUAGAAAGAUUGCAGCCAUCAGUCUGGCGACCCAUGUGUCCAAGGAACUAGCCUCAAGUGUUGGACAAAUCGUUGGCUACCAAGUAGGCAUGCAAAUGAAGAAAACAUAUAUCACGAAGGUUUUGUACAUGACUGAUUAUUUGUUGCUGAAUGAAUGUUUAGCAGAUAGGUCGCUGACAAGGUACUCUUGUGUAAUUAUUGAUGAGGCCCAUGAGAGAAGCAUUCACACCGAUUUGCUUUUAGGACUUCUUAAGCAGUGUAUGAAAACCAGGCCGGAACUCAAAGUUAUUGUGACGUCUGCAACCAUUGACCCAGACAUAUUUGUUCAGUACUUUGGGGGACAACAUAACUGCCCAGUGUUGAGUGUUUCCGGCCGUGCAUUUCCGGUAAAUGAAAUUUGGGAGGAUGGUGAAUUAAACGAUAGCCCAUAUCCAAACGGUUUUGUGGAGAAAGCUCUUCAGAAAGCUAUUAACAUCCACACAACAACUGAUGUUAAUUCUGGGGAUAUCCUUGUCUUCCUUACAUCUGCUAUUGAGACAACACGGUGUGCGGAACGAUUCAAACAAAAAUGCGGAGACCAAAAUUGCAUCUGUUUGCCGCUACACGGAAGAUUAAAACCAGAGGAACAACAGCAAGUUUUUGACCAAACUCCGAAGGGAAAGCGAAAGGUGAUAUUUUCGACUAACAUUGCUGAAACUUCCGUCACAAUAGAUGGCAUUAAGUAUGUGAUAGACACUGGGCUGGCGAAAGAAAUGCGAUUUGAUCCUAAACGGAACAUGAGUUCUCUGGAUGUUGUGUUUGUAAGCAAAAGCUCCGCCAAUCAGCGUAAAGGAAGGGCGGGAAGAACGUCUGCAGGAACAUGUUACAGGCUCUAUGCCCAAACGGUCUUCAGCAAAAUGGACGAAUCUGGAACUCCUGAAAUAUUACGUAUCCAUCUUGCGAAAGGUAUAUUGAGACUUUUGCAACUAAAGGUUAAUUAUGUUGACUUUGAGUACGUCCAGUCACCCUCAGAGGCGGCAAUGGAAAACGCAGUGGACGAGCUUAUGCGUAUAGGAGCUGUUGACAAGGAUGGAAUUACUGAGCUAGGAGAAUUGAUAGUGCGACUUCCUAUUGAACCAAGGCUUGGAGUGAUGGUUAAAAAAGGAAUUGAUAUGGGAGUGGGUCUUGAAUCGUUUGUCAUUGCAACCUGUUGCAAUCAAGAAGUGUUCUUCCGCGCUGGUUCAGAUGAAGAGAACAAACAAGCUGAUAUGAAGAGGCUGAAGUUCUGUCACAUUGGAGGUGACUUGCUGACUAUGUUAUCGGUAUAUAGAGAGUGGGAUAAAGUCAACGAAACGGAAAAGGGCAAAUGGUGUAAAGACAAUAGCGUGAAUGAAAAAUCAAUGAAGGGCGUUCGGGACAUGGUCAAUGAAAUAUGUACAACACUGACGAGAGAUUUGGAUGUGAAAAUCCAGCAUAAAUUCAUUGAAGUAGCUGAUGCCGAGUCACGUAUAGGAAAGUUGAUUUUUGAAUGCAUGGACUAUAACCUGGGCUACUACCUUGGUCAUGAAGAAGCAGGAUACGUUAUCGUUAACCGCAAUCACAGGGUACAGAUACACCCUUCUUCAGCUCUGAUUUCGUUAGGCCUUCAACCUGAAUGGAUAGUCUUCUACAAAGUUUUGAAAACAUCUGCAGAUUUUCUUACGGAGAUAACGCCAGUUCCAGAAAAAUACAUUGAGGAGGCUGAGGGCUCAAACAAAAUUAAACUGAACAGAACAGAUUUGGCCAAUCAACGGGUUAAACGAGUGAGCACAAUUCCAGUUGGGAAACAUGUGUUUGGGAAGUUUGUUGGACCAAUGCAUAAGGAACUAAAGUCAUUAAAAGCGAAAAUCCAGGAUGUUUGCAACGGUUCCACUGUGGUAAUUGAAGCAAAUAAACGGAAGGGUGAAAUAGUGUUGUUUACAGUCCCACAAUAUUCAGAAGUUGCGUUGGGCAAACUCCAUGAAAAUCUCAAACCAUUGCCAGAUCAGCUAUUAAACGAACGACUAGAAGAGGCCUUGUGCGAAUCAGGUCUUAGGUUGGUUAUAAAAGAAGGCGGUGAGGUUGCCGAAAUUUUGAUGCCUGAUCAAUACAGAGCCUGUAACAUCAAGGAAAACGAAUGUGCUAAAUAUUCCUUAUCGGAAGACGAGGUACGCAGCGCAUUGUCACAGUACGGACCACUAGAGCAGGUGUGGUUGACAAAAGAACCGAAGAGCAAGAGCAGUUUAUUUUGGGGAAAAGUAACAUUUACAAAUGAAAGCGAUGCAAAGAAAGCUGUAACUGACGUUAUGAAAGAAGGUGACAGGUCGUUUUCUCUCGUUCCAGUUACCGGUUCUGUAAACCAUCAAGGUUUUACCAUAAAGCUUAGCUGGACACGUCGUAUUGGAAAAGGAAUAUGUUACGUGUGUUGUAACACACCCGAAGACGUUCCUAAAUUACUUAUUUCGAGGAUACAGGUAUUGGACAGGAUUAUUUCUAUCAAUAAGUGUAUGCCAUCAAAACAAGGCUCAGAUAAAAAGAAAGCAGACCUUUACAUAACGAGUGUAUCAUUGGCAGCUUGUGAGGAAGAUAUCAAAGAAGCUCUCGCAGAUUCACUUGGUGUUGAUAAUUCUAAAAAUCGUUUCGACGUUAUUAUCCCGCGAGAAGAUUGUACUCUUCGAACGAAUGAGCUUGGAUUGGUACGAACAGAGUUGACGAAUAUGUUGUCUACGUUGUCAAGAUCGGAUCAUUUCCAAUUGAAUGUAAAGGAGUACGAACCAAAAAAAGUGAUUGCCACCGCAUUUGCCACGUACAAUGACGCAAACGUGUGUGAAGAUGUUGCUGACAAGAUAAAUGCUGGAAAUAAAUGUAUAAAUGGCUGCAAAGUACGCGCGAUGGUUGAAUACAAGUCAUCUUUGCAUGUAAAGAAGUCCUUGUUUCAUCUUCUGGAACAAGAAGUCAUUGAAAAGGUGAAAAUGUAUCAAACACAAUGUCCGUCCACAACGGUUGAGAUAAGGUCGUUGAAAUCUGGCCACUAUUCCUUGGAUAUGAAGUCUAUCACUUUUCAAAAGUUGGCCAAGGCAAAAGUUUCAUUUGACAAACUUCUUCAAGGCGAAGUUUUGGAUAGAGAUGUUAUAAACGACAUUCAAGUGUUAUUUUCUGCUGAUGGUCGUGAAAAAAUUAAGCGAAUCGAGAAAAUUACUGGUGCGAUCAUCAAUAUUGACGGAAGGCGCAUGCAGAUUAUUGUCCAAGGACGUACAGAUGCAAGGAAUAGGGCUGUUGAACUUAUACGAACAGAAGUUCUUAUAUGCACUGAAUCGAAUGAGACAGAAAGACGUCUGAAAGGGGAAGAUAACACACCCGGUUUAAUGAAGGCUCUGGUGAUGAAGUAUGGUUUGAGAUUGGACAAAUUAAAAUCUGAAACCGGUCUGUCAUCGAUAGCAUUGAAUUUUCAACACCAAAAAAUAUCGUUAUCUGGCAAAGAUGACGCCCUUGUUAAAGCAAUGUCAAUCAUUCGGGAGCAGAAAGAGUCUCUUUCAAAUCAUAACAAGACCGCAAAUGCAGGCAUAUUGUUGCCGGAUUGUCCAGUAUGUCUGACCCCUAUAGACGAAGCAGAUAUGUGUCGACUUGAAUACUGCGGGCAUGCCUAUUGUAAAACUUGCCUUACAACUCAAAUUAGAGUUGCUAUUCAAAAUAGAGAGUUUCCGGUCAACUGUGCCACAGAAAAUUGCGACAAAGGUUUGGUAGCCCGUGACUUCAAUGUUCAAGUCCGUAACAGCCUCAUCAGGGCCUCAGAACUUGUCCAGGCAUCUAUGACAAGCUUCGUCAUGAGGCACAACAAAGAUUACAAGUUUUGUCCAACGCCGAAUUGUCAAAUGGUAUACAAGAUAUCAGGAAUAGGUGAGAGGUUUGACUGUGGCCUUUGUCAUGCAUCCACGUGCACAACGUGCCAUAUUGAGUUUCACGAAGGUCUGACCUGCGACAUGUACCAAAGUGCGAAAAAGGCUGGGGACGCAGUGCUUAAAUGGAUAAAAGAAGAUCCUAUCAACCGAAAAAUGUGCCCAGUUUGUGAUCAGGGUAUUGAGAAGAUCGAUGGUUGUGAUCAUAUGGAAUGCAAAUGUGGCACUCAUAUAUGCUGGAAAUGUCUCCGAUACUUUUCGUCCUCAUCCGCUUGCUACGGACAUUUGCGGACCGCCCACGGAUCGUUUGUGUAA